UAGCUUUUGUCAGCAAAGUCUGGUGCAAAAUUGCGGGGGUUUGUCAAUUGCUUCCACACGCUUUACAGCAAACAAACCAGGAAGAAGGAAAGCAAGCAAGCAAGCAAGCGAGCAAGCGAACCAGAGACCGAAAAAAGCCUCGUCCGCCGCCCCCCACCCCUCAAUUUGACUCUGAAAUCUAUUGAGAAACACGACAGUGAGGAGGAUGAGUGUGAACCCCCCGCUCAGUCGCUCGGAGGUCUUUGGUCAGCUGAGGAAGGAGCUGUACGAUGAGGAGGAGUUCAGACAGUCCGACACACACAUCUUCCUCAUCAUGGGGGCAUCGGGUGAUCUGGCGAAGAAGAAGAUCUACCCCACGCUGUGGUGGCUGUACCGGGACGGGCUUCUCCCGGAGGACACUCACUUUGUUGGCUUCGCUCGCUCCAAACUGACCGUGGAGGACAUUCAGAAACAGUGCCAGCCCUACAUGAAGGUAUCAGAGGAGGACUCCUCCAAGCUCUCUCAGUUCUUCUCUCGUCACUCCUACCUCUCCGGCGGCUACAACGACCCCGCGGCGUUCCGGAGCCUGAACCGGCACGUGGGGGAGAUUCCCAACGGAGAAGCGGCCAACCGCCUCUUCUACCUGGCACUGCCCCCGAGCGUGUACGAGGACGUGACCCGCAACAUCAGCCUGGAGUGCUUGAGCACCAAGGGCUGGAAUCGUGUGAUUGUGGAGAAGCCCUUCGGGAAGGACCUGCAGAGUUCGGACCAGCUUUCCAACCACCUGUCCUCCCUGUUCAAAGAGGAGCAGAUCUACCGCAUUGAUCAUUACCUGGGCAAGGAGAUGGUGCAGAACCUCAUGGUGCUGAGGUUUGGGAAUCGGAUCUUCGGCCCAAUCUGGAACCGGGACAGUAUCUCCUGCGUGGUUCUGACCUUCAAAGAGCCGUUCGGGACCGAGGGGAGGGGAGGGUACUUCGACGAAUUUGGGAUAAUCAGGGAUGUGAUGCAGAAUCACCUGCUUCAGAUGUUGUGUCUCGUUGCCAUGGAGAAGCCUGCUUCGACCAACUCUGAUGAUGUCAGAGAUGAGAAGGUAAAAGUGCUGAAGUGUGUGCGGGAGGCCUCCUUGGACGAUGUGGUUUUGGGACAGUACACGGGGGACCCUGAGGGGGAGGGGGAGGCUCGGAAGGGUUACCUCGAUGACCAGACCGUCCCCAAAGGGUCCCGGACCCCCACAUUCGCCACGGUGGUGCUGUACGUGGAGAACGAGCGCUGGGACGGGGUCCCCUUUGUGCUGCGCUGUGGGAAGGCUCUGAACGAGCGCAAGGCAGAGGUGCGGCUGCAGUUCUGCGACGUUCCCGGUGAUAUCUUCGCUCGGCACUGCAAGAGGAACGAGCUCGUGAUCCGAGUGCAGCCCAACGAGGCCGUGUACGCAAAGAUGAUGACCAAGAAACCGGGCAUGUUCUUCAACCCAGAGGAGAGCGAGCUGGACCUGACCUACGGGAGCAGAUACAAGGAUGUGAAGCUCCCCGAUGCCUACGAACGUCUCAUUCUCGAUGUGUUCUGUGGCAGCCAGAUGCACUUCGUACGCAGUGAUGAGCUGCGGGAGGCUUGGAGAAUCUUCACCCCCCUCCUCCACAGGAUCGAGUCAGAGAACAUCGUACCUGUUCCUUACACCUACGGAAGUCGAGGUCCAGUUGAAGCCGAUGAGUUGUUGAACAAAGUCGGCUUUCGUUACGAAGGGACCUACAAGUGGGUCAACCCACACAAGCUGUGAGCCGGAACCAGAACCACACAGCUAGAACUACACAACACAACACGCAGAGACACACACACACACACACACACACACACACACACACAUCCUUCAGAUCAGUGACAGCACUGCAGAGUCAUGAUUUUCUACCAGUCUGAAAAAGCACUUAAACACUUGAGAGAGUGUGUGUGAGUGAGUGAGUGUGUAUAUAUUUAUAUAGAGUUCAGAAUAGGAAAUCUACACUAUAGGGGAGUCAAUGCUCAGACUUUAUAAACAAAUGUGUGUGUGUGUGUGUGUGUGUGUGUGUGUCUGUGUGUGUGUGUCUGUGUGUGUGUGUCUCUGUGUGUGUGUGUGUCUCUGUGUGUGUCUCGCUGUGUGUGUCUGUCUCUCAGUGUGUGUGUGUUUGAAAAGCGACUUGUUUACUUAUUCUGUGGGUCAGGAUUGCAUUCCUUAUGGGUUUGAGUGCUUGUAUAAUGAGAUCGCUUCAUGAAUCUGAGUGGACUGUAUUUUCACAUCAUCGACACACAGCCUCUCUCGCUCUCUCUCUCUCUCUCUUGCUCUUGUUUUUGGUUUGUGGUCCAAGAGAAUGAUUUGCUUAAAAUAAAUGUUUAAAAAAAAAAAAUCUAUAUUAGUAAUUUCAACGUGGUCUUAAAUUUCCAGUUGUAUUAUAUUGUUAUAUAUGAUACUGCAUUGGUGUUUUAGUGGGUAAAGAUAUCAUUUUGGGGUUUUUUUUGUGUGUGUUGAUCUAGUUUAGGUUGUCGUACGAUAUUAUACAGGGGUACCCCCCCCCCCGAACGAUCCUGUCGUUCUUCCUAUAGGGGUACCCCCUGAUUGAUUCUGUAGUCCAGUAGUUACUGGGCUUCUUUUGCAGAGUACGGUUUUGAAAGUACUGUACUGAAAAAGCAAAAAAUUGUCUCAAAUAAUAAUAACAAUAAAUAGCUUUUGCAUUAUAAUAAAAAAAAUUUUAAAUACAAA